AUGACUGCUACACAUAGGGCCGAGGAUGUUAUUGCUGCCCUCAACCUUACGCCCCAUCCUGAGAAAGGCUUUUACAUUGAGACAUUCAGAGACUCAAAUGUAUCGGUCGAGGGCCGCGCACUCAGCACCUAUAUCUAUUAUCUCCUCGAAGGCGAAUCCGGCCUAUCGCACUGGCAUCGUGUGCUUGACGCUGUCGAAGUGUGGCAUUAUUAUGCUGGCGCACCGUUGCAGCUCUCGCUAUCCUGGGACGAUGGCAAGCCCAUCCGCGACCUAGUUCUUGGGCCCGAUAUUUGGGAGGGUGAGAGGCCACAGAUUGUUAUUGAGCGCGGAGAAUGGCAGCAUGCGCGGUCUUUAGGAGAGUGGACGCUGGUAGGCUGCUCUGUCGCGCCAGGAUUUGAGUUUGGGGGGUUUGAGAUGGCAACCGCAGGUUGGGAGCCAAACAGUGCAGCGGAGAGGAAAUCUUCGGCAGAGGUAUGA